AUGUUUCUGAGAAAUCCAAAGGUCUUCACAGAUGGCUCAUGGAUUUACCGGUGCUCAAACUCUACUCUGUUUGCCUGUCUGUCACUCUCUCAUUCUCUCAGUGUGGACUUGUCUUUGCUCCAGCGCUGGUGUAGCUUAUUAGAGAAGCACAGAUGUCCUGAAGCUCCCGAGGCCUUCAGAACAGCCUGUGCACAGGCUCUGUGUCUGUGUGGCGUCCACGUAGUGACCAGGAGCCUGACGGGCAUCCUCACGCAUAAUGAGCUCUGUACCAGCUUGAUCAGCACAGGUAUCUACCUGCUUCAGGACGAGAGUCCACAGGUGAACCGGGCUCUGCGCUCACUGCUGGACCUGCUCUUGGAGGAAUUCUGGGAUGCAAGUGGUGCUUUGGAGGCCUUAGUGUGCCACUUACCAGACUGUGAUCUGAAUGCUGUACUGACGGAGGCCAAAGAGACACAAUGUCGCAGUUUGUAUGAGCGAGAUGAAGCAAAUGUGUUUGCAGAGCCAUCUGUGAUCUCAGAGGGCCUGUUGCCACACCUGUUGAAUCUAGUUAAACAUUACCCAGAAUCCUCCACUCUCGCCAAGAACCUCGAGCACUGGGCCCGAAACAGUGCAGCCAUUGUCAAAGAGAAUCUCUCAAUUUGUAUGCAACUUCAAUUAGGCGAUGUCCUGAAUCCUGAUUGGCUGAGUUUGCUAAUAGAACCCCGUUUCCAUGGCGCUCUUUCAGGCCUGUUCACUAGGGUGAUUGUACUGCUCCAGCUGCUCAAGAAGUGUGAUUCCAUACGACCCCUACUUGACCCUUUGAAUUUAUCUACAGACCUUCAGGAUAUUCACAGAAGGUUUGUCCUAAAUGGAGUCUUCCUUCCUCAGGUCUUCAUUGAUGCACUAAGGACAGAUUAAUCCAGUGUCGUCACAGAUCAGGGUUGCAUUAUUGCAGUUACAGGCUUAAUUGAGCACAAAAAAUAGAUUAGUCAUUAUUGAUCUGGAAAAGCUGGCUCUUCAUCGCCAUAUUGGGUGGAAACUAUUCGCAAGGAAAAAUAACAGUCCUUUGUUGUGCAAUACAAGAUGGAUAAUAAAGAAAACUUGUCUACUUCACCAGCCAAAAUCAAACACCAACUCCAGAUAAUUCUCGAAGACAGCAGCUCUGUAAGUGUAGCACAUCUAAAUCUGAAAUAGCUGAAAGAUGCCAUUGUUUCUGGAUGGGUGGUGAUUUCUGAAAUAGAGCACACUGCAGGCGGGGACAAACAGA